AUGCACGAAACAAGACCACACUACCUACCCGAACCAGGCUUCCUAACUCCAGGAAUCACGGCAUUGGAGUACUACGAUCGCCGGAUGCGUCUCGCUAAAGAUCUUCCUAUACGUUCAGCGGUGAUUGUGGCUGGAAACAACGUUGUUCACAGCUCCGGCUCGGUAUUUUACCACUUCCAACAAGACACAGACCUAUACUACCUCACCGGAUGGCUUGAGCCCGAUUCGGUCGCCGUGAUCGAAAAGGUUGCAGACAACAGAAACGACGAUGAUGUUGUAUUCCACAUGUUGGUUCCUCCCAAAAGCCCAGCCACAGAGCUCUGGGAAGGUGCCAGAACAGGACUUGAAGGUGCCUACGAUUACUUCAACGCAGACGAGGUUGUUGAGAUCAACCGCCUUGAUGCCUACCUCAAGGGUAUCGUGAAACGAAACGACCAUAUCUACUUUGACAGCAAGAGCAAAGGCGCCAAACUGUCCAAAUUCGGCAACUUCUUCAGUCUAGGCUACCACCGCCAAAGCGACUCCAUCGACGAGAUGCUCCGUGGAAAAUCCGUGAAAUCGUUGAAGCUGGUUUUGGCGCAGCACAGAGCAAUUAAAUCGCCUGCCGAAAUCAAGGUGAUGCACAAAGCUGGUCAAAUCUCCAGUAGAGCGUUCAACACCGCCAUGGCUCAGGUGAGUCUGGAACCGUUUGUCACAGAAAAGCUUCUUGCCAAAUAUCUAGAAUACGCUUUUGUGAGAGGUGGUUGUGACCGAGAAGCAUACAUUCCGGUGGUUGCCAGUGGCCCCAAUGCUUUGACCAUUCAUUACACACGCAACGACGAUAUUCUCUAUAAAGACGAAACGGUAUUUGUUGAUGCUGGUGGAAAACUAGGUGGAUACUGUGCCGACAUUUCCCGUACAUGGCCCAAUUCACCAAACGGCUUUUCUGAUCCUCAAAGAGAUAUCUACACCGCGGUGCUCAACACCAACCGAAUUUGCAUUGACCAAUGUAACGAAAACUACGGCAUGUCGCUCCACGACGUUCAUGAGCUUUCCGUGACGACAUUGCUUCUGGAGCUCCGUUCUCUUCCUGGCUUCUCAAACUUGUCAAGAUCUGACGUUUCAAGAGAGCUCUUCCCACACUACAUUGGCCACCAUCUUGGCCUUGAUCUCCACGAUACACCCUCAGUUUCUCGUUUUGGCCGUUUACGUAAAGGCAAUGUCAUCACGAUUGAACCUGGCAUUUACGUGCCCUACAACGACAAAUGGCCCAAGCACUAUCAGGGUAUUGGUGUGAGAGUGGAGGACGACAUUGUGGUGGGAAGCACUCCAAGCGAUAUCCUCAACUUGACCAGUCUUUGCGCCAAGGAAGUGGCCGACGUGGAGCUGCUUGUUCGUCUGGGUGCCACCACCCCAGGUCUCUACGACGAAGCGGUGCAAAUCAGCAUAUAG